UAUGAACCAACCCCAGUUUUUCGCGUGAGCUUAAGUUAUAUACCUGUUACUUGCGGUAAUUCAAAUGUUUACUAGUUUUGUGCUCUGCAGUCUUAUCUACAUUCUAUCGUAACCUCUCUUUAUGUGGUGUCUCACAGCUAUUCAUCAUACCUCCCCUUUCACUAGGCCAGUAUCCUCACUUUGGGUAGCAUGACAGAUUUCUACUGUAUAUACCUUGUGCUUAUGUAUACGAAUGUCGAAAUGUCCUAUCUUCACAAAAAUAUAGUGUAAAUGAAAGCAUUUGAAGCCCAAUCUGUGCUUCUUUUUAAUUCGAUGGGACUAUCCAUAAUGCAUAGUGUAUAAAAUAGUAGUACGAUGAUGUGAAUACUGGUAAUCUCUUGUUUAGUUUGUUGUAAAGCAUAUGCCUGAAUCAUUAAUAUGCCCUUUCAUCUUUUUAUAUUUAAAUUCUGAAUCGUCAUCUUCGAUCGGCUUCUAAUUCUUGUCAUCAGAAUAUAACAUAAUACGCGUCUAUUUUUCAUCUCAUGGCAUGUGUCGUCGUACACGCUGGUGCGGGAUAUCACUCUAAAUCCAAAGAAAAGAAAUAUAAUAAAUUGUGCUCUGAGGCAUGUUCAUUGGCUGCAAAACUUUUGUCAGUCGAUCACAAAAGCGCCAUCGAUGCUGUGGAAGCAGCUGUAGCGUAUUUAGAAGACAGUCCUUUAACCAAUGCAGGAAUCGGUAGUAAUUUGAGUAUUAAUGGCUAUGUGGAAUGUGACGCGGGAAUAAUGAGUGGUUCUACUCUUCAGUUUGCUGGUAUAGGAGCUGUUCGUAAUAUGAAAAAUCCUGUAAAAGUUGCAAGGCUGUUGUUGCAGUCACAAAUCGAUCGCCCUCUGGGUGAAUUAGGACGCGUCCCUCCAUCUGUACUUGUUGGUGAUGGUGCUCAUCUGUGGGCUGCAUCAAAAGGCUAUUCUGUUGAUAAUGGUAAUCUUGUCACAAAGCAGUCACAGGUUUCAUGGGAAAAAUACAAAAGUUGGUUAUUUAAUGAGAACAAAAUACAUGCGACUACAAAAGAUUCCCAUUUCGAUCAUCAUGGAGAUAUUCCUGAGGUAAAAAGGUCUCGUGUUCAUAGAUUUGAUACCGUAGGCGCUGUUUGUAUUGAUUUAGAAGGGAAAAUUGCCGCAGCAUCUUCUAGUGGUGGUAUUGCAUUGAAAUAUGAAGGUCGUUUAGGUCAAGCAUGUACAUAUGGUUGUGGUUGUUGGGCAGAAGAACUUGGUCCGUCUUCCAGUAUUGGGGUGGUCACUUCAGGUACUGGUGAACAACUUAUAAGAACUCAACUUGCUCAGCGUUCUGCUGAACGGUUUAAUGAUAACUCCAUCUGCGUUUCUGAUGCAGUACAUUCCUCACUUACUGAUGGAUUUCUAGAUUCAAAAUAUCUUUCCUAUGACAUGGAGAAGUUUGCUGGAGUUGCCGGAGUAUACACUAAUUUCGACCGAAUUGACUUUCCUAAUGUAGAGGUGUUUUUUGGUCACUCAACGCGAUCAAUGAGCGUUGGUCAUUAUUUACCUAGUAUUAUGAAAAAGCCAUCUGUCCACGUAUCACGGAAACUAAUUGAUAGACCUACACACAUAGAAGUUUUCGCAUAUACUGUUUAGUUAUUCCGGAAAGCAAGAGUUAAUACUUUUGUAUCUAAUCCUGAACAUCUCAUAUGAAUCUGUUAGAGUUGCUCGGUGUCAUCAAAGUGUAUAACUCUACUGAAUGAAGAUGUCGCCGCAGUUAUCUCAUCUUGUUAUGAAUGUCGGGGAUAAACUUAACAACUACUCAGACUUGUAAUAAAGUUGAUCUAAAAUCAGAAUUUUUAACUUUGUUUUUCUAUACGACACUUGUUUGUAAAAUAUUUAACAGAACCUUCAUUUUUACUGAAUAAAUUAUUUUCUGAACUGA